CUAGAGCCUGACAAGUACCUUUCAACGUUUGCGAUAUCAAAUCAGGGGGAUUUUCCAGACAAAAUAGGGGACAUAUUGAUCCUCCACGAGAAUAUCAAUUUUCAGUUUUUCUGUUUUAUUUUGAAGGGUGACUUUACCGGUCACAGGAUGCGAUAGACCGAUGUAGCCGGAGUGUUGCUAGGUGAAAACCACAAGGUCGACGGGUUAUGGCCAGACAUGCUGCUCGCAAUUUUUUUUGAAGAUUUCACUUUGCCUUCUGCUCGAUUAAUCGUCUGCUGCUGUCUAAAAUUUAUUGAAAUAGCUACGCAACAGUCUGUCAGACUCCAUCUUACAGGACGGUGUUUGUCCUCCAACGUAGAAGAUGACCCGACCGCAACCAGGCAACCAAGAGAAGCCAUAACGAACUGUGGUCUCUAAGGCAAGGGCGUAACGUUGGGUCUGCCAUUGGGGAGGUUAAAAUCUUUGCCUGUUUAUUUAUUUAUUGAAUCAUUUACUUUUUUCAAAGGAGUCUAUUUAAAAUCACUUCACAGGACACUGGCAAUCAAAAAACUAGCUUGCCAACUCCUGUCACAAAUCAUCACCUAACUUAACAAUACGGGUUUUUACCUCUUUUUGGUCAGGAUUUGUUCUUUUUUUGUUAGGUUUAGGUGUCGAGCAACAAUGAAAAAUUGUUGUCUGUCCGUCUUUUAGGGUUCCUUUCAUUUUUCCGCGGUCCUGGUGUCUCCAUCCAUGCCAAACAUACAGCAAAUAGUGAACAGUAGGUAGAGAGAUCGGGUUGGGUAAUACAGUACCAAGUAUUGAAGGGGGGGGGGGGGGGUUAUAUAAGCGCCAACGUCGAGAUGACACUUUCUUCUACGACAGCAAGACCAGAGAGUGUCAUACUGGCGAUGUGCGCAAAGUCAAAGUCUUCUUUUAUUAAUAAGCAUUCACCAUCUCUCUUGCAAUCUUUUUCAUUGAAGUGAGAGAUAAGAAUUGAUGAAGACCAUUACCGUGAAUUCUUUAUUUGCGUAUGUUGUUCUCACUUUUUGCUGCUGUCAACUGUCCUCAUGUGAUGGAAUCGCUGGACACACUUUUCACUUCCAUUUAGUUGACCUCAUUCACAACUCUGACAAAUACAAUACUUACAAAUACAACAUAUACGGCAUAUAUACAAAAUACAAUGUCAGGUGACCAGCACUGACAUCAACUCGGUGACUUAUUAGACACAUAGCAUCAAUAUUCAUAUUUGAACAAAAACAUUUGAUAAAAAGAGCUAUUCGAUACAAAUGCAUGUGUAUUUUAGUAUUUGUCAAUAAGUAAGAUGUAACAUUUAGUGAAAGGCAAAAAACUCAAGUGAGCGUGAAUUUUAAAUAGUUUGUUUUUGCAAUGGAAUUUGUGUGUCUUCUCCACUGUACAAUACAUAGACAAUACAAUACGUUCAACUGGAGUUGAAAUGAACGGUUGGUGUUGAAUUGGUUUGAUCGUAACUUCCAAAGCAGUUUUCAACGGGUUUGUGGCUGUUUCUGCCUGAAGUCUGGCGUGGACAUGCUAACAAAUGCACUCUCCUUUAAGGACUCAGAGCUCCUCCCCCUCUCCUGGUGUCUCCAAACUUUGUUUCCAGCACAGGCAACGUACGCUUUACAAGGUAGGUGUUCGGUUCACUUGGGGCAUUUGUAUUCCGACAACGUGGCUAUGUUUCCUUCCAAAUGUUGUCACUCAUGACGGCAAAGGAGACGCGCACCUGGCCAAUAUCCCACUCCCAUCAGGCCCCUGACGCUGUGCAUGGAGUCCAGGCGGGACGCUCGGUAGCAGGCUAGCAUGCAAUACGGCGUCUCCUCCAGAAGGCGGCGCUGCUGAGUGUGUGUAUGCACGCCAUGGAUGAGUUCAGUAGCAGAACAUACGGCACCAGCGGCCUGGACAACAGACCUCUGUUUGGGGAGACGUCAGCACGAGAUCGCAUCGUCAACCUAGCAGUGGGAGGAUUUACCUCACUCAUUGUGUUGGUGACGGUGAUUAGCUCAUUUGUUUUCCCAUCCUUGCCUCCACGCCCACUCAACAUCUUCUUUGCUGUCUGCAUUCUGCUCGCCUGUGGCUCCACCAUCAUGCUGAUCUUCUGGUAUCGCCAAGGCGACCUGGAGCCCAAAUUCCGCAAUCUGAUCUACUACAAGCUGGCAUCCAUCGUGUUGCUGUGUCUGUGUGCCAACCUGUACUUCCACGAUGUCAGGUGAAGACCAGCCGUGCCGCCACCACCACCUCCUGGCCAUGCGCACAAUCACGCAGACGGACUGUGAUGAAUCCUCCCCAUGGACCCAAAAGGACGUACACGUGUUUCCACACCACCACACAACACCGAUGGAACAUGUUGUCAGUUGCUAUGACGACGAGCCUGUCACACAACAGCCAUUCAUGAGAGAAUCCUCUUUUCCACACCAACCUGUAUGCUGCUCUGCCACACGCCCCCCGCCAUGGAGCAAAGAAAACAGUCAACGUGAUGCAGGAAGUGGAUGCGUUGAGCUUUACAUUUGAAGUUUACCCCCCCGAACCCCACCAAGCUCACUAUGACGUUAGGAUUGUCAAAGCCACAUUUUUUCUUUUUUUAUUGAAUAUUUUACAGAAUAAAUACAUGGAAGUGAGUCAGCA